UGCUCAGACAUAACACGGCGAGCAUGAUGGCCGUAUCUCGAAAGAGCGAGAGUUUUUAGAUUUAUGAUUAUUGUUGGUGUAUAUACCUAUUUGUACAUUAUAUUCGUGCCUGAAUAUGUAGUAUAAUAGCGAUCUAGAAAUUUUAAACAGAAUAAUACCUGUUUAUCUUGUGUCUAUAGUUUAUAUCACUUCUACGCGUAUCAUCUCUCGCAAUGUGUAUACAUAACUGACUUAUUAAUAACAUAUUUAAUAUCAUAUUUAUUCUGUAAAUAAUAUUCUGGUAAUAUAAAUUAAAAAAAAAAUGGUUUCAUCGUGUUGCAUAUGCUCGAAGGAAAAUGUUCCCUCGGAACCAUAUCGGUCGUUUCAUAGGAUACCAGCAAAUGAAGAAAUGAGGAAUAAAUGGUUCGAGAAAAUCGGUCGUAUUGUUUCAUACAAAGGGGCCAGGGUUUGCAGUGAUCAUUUCAUAGAAAAUGAUUAUCAUGACAUAAAUCCUUAUUCUAGAAUCAAGAGACUAAAGAAUACUGCAGUUCCUUCGAUGAUCCUACGAAAAGAAAAAAAUAUAAAGAAAACAUCAUUAGUUCAAAAGACUGCUGUAGAUUUAUAUAAUAAUUCUGAAAUCAUAUUUCAAAAUGAAAAUGAUAUUACUCUUGACAAUUCAGAAAAUCUUGAAACUAAUGCGAGCAAUGACAUUGAAAGCAAUGAAAGUGAAGAUGCAAGUAACGAACUAAUGUUGACUCAGGAUACAAAUGAAAAUUUAAUUAUUUUCUUAAAUUCUGAAGAAGAAAUAAAUGUUACUUGUAUUGAUAAUGAAGAAAAAAUUGAUUCCAAUUUUGAAAAUAACAAUGAUCUAAGUGGAGAAAGACAAUGUCCAUCGUCUAAUUUAAAAAAUUCCGAAAUGAAAAUUUUAAAAUUGUCCAGACACAAUACAGUAUGCUUCACAAAAGCAGACUUUUUAUCAGAUGAAAAGUGGACAGAGUUUUUAAAAUGUAUAACUUAUAAUGAACGUGAAAAUAGACUUAUGCAACAAAAAAACAAGUCCUUGCAAAAGAAGAUUUCGGUACUUCAAGAUAUAGUGCAAGAUUUGUUGAGUAAAAAAAAAGAAAGUUGAAUAACGAGCAAUCUUAUAAAUAUACAUUAUUUUAACAUUGAUAAUAAAUAAAU